AUGCGCCUGCGCCGAAAUGUAGCACUGUUGCUCCUGGCUUGGCUUCUGCCCGCAGAAUGCCGAAAGCUGGGCACAGACUUAUCGCAGCAACUGGCCACAGAAGCUGAGACAGGUCGCCCUGCGCACCUGACUUUCAAGCUCAAGGCCCUUAGCUUUGUGAAUGCCCGGACGAAGAUCGGAGAGAUCGGGCGAUUACAAAUAUUCUCGUCAAACGGAACUUGCUUGACCUGCAAGGAUUCCUCCGUGUGUUCUAGCUCUGAGACCCCUGAGAGCAAGGACACCGCAGUCCAGAACAUCUGCACCACCAGCCGAACGGAUGGGAAGAAGUUCAGCUGGCAGCGUACAGACAGUCAAAGCGACAUAGUGGUCGAGAUUCCGCUGAAGAACUUGCAGCACGACCACAGCUUCAAGGCCACUCUCACCAGCGCGGUGCAGGCCUCCGGUAGCAACGACGACGAGCACAAGGGAAGGCAAGUCACCGCCUGGAGUGUCACUUGCGUGAUAGCUUCCAGCGAGGGGACCGCCUGGGUGAAAGUACCAGCAGCAGUGAGUGGUGACUUUACCACCGUGGUCACCAAAGACAUGGGCAUCAUGAUGCCGAAGGAUGCAGAUGACCUGUACAAGGAGAGGUGCGUGAAGCCAAGUGCGAAAGAUCUGGCCAACUACACGGUCUCAGAGCAUUCGCUGAAGUUGGCCGACUUUGACGUGAAAGCCGCGUGCGCAGCCGACUUCGUGGGGACCGCCUCGGUGAAGGUUUGCGCGGAAGACGCCACUGAGUACUCGCUCUCUGGUUGUCGGCCAACUGUCUGCAAGGCCAUCAACGACGUCGCUUACUCUGUCGAGGUGAAGAGCCUGGAAAGGCAUUCCUUUGACGUUGGCGUCAGCUGUGCCGACGGCUAUACCGGUGAGGCGAAGGUGAAGAUCUGCGAAGAAGAUGGCGAGGGCUUCACUCUCGAAGGCUGUGUGCGUACAACCACAACAACCUCAACGACCACAACCACCACCACGAGCACAACUACAACUACGAUCACCACUACGACAACGACAACAGUCACGACGACUACCACCACCAUCACGACAACCUCAACCGUGACAUCAACUACGACGACCACCGUGACGACCACUAGCACCACAACUACCACCUUCACAACAACUACCACCACCACGACCACCAGCACCACAACUAUUACCACAACGACAACUUCCACGACAACCUCCACCACAACUUCGACCCGCACAACUACGAGCACGACAACCACUACCAGUACUACGACCGAGACAACCACCACCACCCUAACAACCACAUCUACUACGACCACAACGAUUACCUCCACCACUACGACGACAACCACGACCACAACGUCGACAUCCACAACUACCACAACCUCAACUACAACAAGUACGACCACGACGACAACCACCACAACGACCUCAACUUCCACAAGCACUACAACGAUCACGACGACGAGCACAUCAACAAGCACCACAACGACGACUUCCACCAGCACCACAACGAUCACAACAACUUCCACGACGACAACGACAACUACGACAAGUACCACCACAACCACAACGUCGACGAGCACUACCACAGUGACCACAACUACAACUACAAGCACCACCACAACAACCUCGACCACGACCACUAUCACCACUACUUCAACGACCACCAUCACAAGUACCACAACCACAACUACCAGCACAACCACCAUCACGUCUACAACUACCACGUCCACUUCGACUACCACCACCACGAGCACAACAACGACCACUCUUACAACAACUACAACCACCACCACCUCCACAUCAACCACGACCACUACCACCUCAACAAGCACCACAACCACUACAAGCACGACAACUUUGACAACGACUUCGACAACGACCAUCACCACUACCACUACAACCUCCACAACCACAACCACGACCAGCACCGUGACCUCUACAACAACAACCACAACGUCCACGACGACCAGCACGACAACUACAUCCACCACAACGACUACCACAACCACAACCACCACAACAACUACCACCACCAGCACAACCACAACGACGACGACCAGCACCACCACAUCUACCUCUACCACCACAUCCACGACAACCACCACCAGCACAACCACUACUACAUCAACGACCACAACGACGACAACCACCACUACCACUUCUACAUCAACCAGCACGACCACUACGACCAGCACUACAACUACCACAACAACCACUACUUCGACAUCGACCAGCACAACAACCACGACCUCCACGACGACCUCCACGACCACCACCACCUCCACAACGACGUCGACGACCACGACAACUUCCACAACUACAUCCACGACAACGACUACGUCGACAACGACAUCCACGAUCACGACGACAAGCACCAAGACGACCACGUCGACGACUUCCACAAGUACUACGACUACGACCAGUACCUUCACGACCACCACCACGGUCACAUCUGCCGACUGCGUGCCUCCAAAAGACGUGCAAGGUUAUGACCUGCAUGUCAAGUCGAUUCACAUUGACGACUUCGACGUGUCUGCCAGCUGCUGGGAGGGUUACGACGGCCAGGCGGUCGCGAUGUCUUGCGAGCAUCCCGGCCAGAGCUAUACACUGACUGGCUGCAAAUGGAGUCGGCACUGCAUCGCUCCCAACGAGACCAAGGGCUAUAAGAUAAGUGAGCGCUCUUUGGACGUCGACAGCUUCGACGUGCAAGCAGAGUGUUCCCUGGAUCCGAGCAUGACGGCAAAGGUGACGAAGUGUAACGAAACCUUCGCGAAGUACCAGCUCUCCGGAUGCCGUACCAGCGCCAUCUGUGUGAGCCCGGAGAACACCGAGGGCUACAUCGUGGACGAAAAGACGCUCAUCCGUCACGACUUUGACGUCACGGCCUCCUGUGCCUCUGGAUACAUAGGAACCGGAUCGGUGAAGCCUUGCGACCAUCAUCUCAAGCCCUACGUUCUCUCUGGCUGCAACGCUCUCUGCUUGGCACCGAAGAAAGUGGAGAGCUACCUGGUCGAGGAGAACAACCUGUUCAUGGAGUCCUUCGAUGUGACCGCCAAGUGCAUCGACGGCUUCGAGGGCAAGGCGAAGGUGACGAAGUGCUCGAAGCCUGGUGGAACCUACUCCUUGAGCGGCUGCUCCUACGGAGGUGCCUGCACGGCCCCAGAAAGCACGGAGGGCUACUUAGUCACAGAGGUGGAGCUCCGCAAGGCGGACUUGGAUGUAACGGCGGAAUGUGCCCCGAACUACAUCGGCACCGCUGCGGUGACGCCUUGCUCUGACGACUUGGGCUCCUACGCCCUCACCGGCUGCGAGGCGGAGAAGAAGUGCUUCUCCCCUGCUUCGGACGCUUCGAAGGGCUACGACCUGGUGGAGAACUCCGUGGCCAUGGAGAACUUCGAUGUCACGGCUACGUGCAAAAGCACUCAUGUGGGAACUCCCCAGGUGACGGCCUGCACCAGGCCACUGACGCCCUACACCAUCGCCGGCUGCGAGGAGAAGAUCGUUUGCGUCACGCCUUCCGAGACAAAGGGCUACAAAGUCACCGAAGUCUCUAAGCUGCAGCAGACCUUUGACGUUAAGGUGGAGUGUGACCUUGGCUACGAGGGCACGGCCUCCGUCACAGCCUGCUCGGCGACUGGGGAGGUCUACACUCUUGGCGGCUGCACCUACAGCACCGACGUUUGUGUCGCGCCCGAGUCUACCGAGGGGUACCUGGUCACCGAAACCAACCUACGCCAGUCGGUCUUCAAGGUUCAAGCGGCCUGUGCUGCUGGCUACAUUGGCAUCCCGGAAGUCACGCCGUGCUCGAAGCCUGGCUUUCUUGAAGACCCAGACCCCCAGGAGGAUCCAGAAAGUAGAUCCCUUGAUGGGGGUCCCUUUAGGGGUUCCUUUAAGGGUCCCUUUAAGGGAUCUUUAGCGUUUUAG